AUGCCGGGACCCCAGGUUCACCAAACUCGAAGUUUCAGUCGAGGAGACAUCUCCUUGGAUUUAAGACGUCGGACACUGUUGGAGAAAUCCUUUAUUCGAGAGGGUAUUCGUGCAUGGAAUCUUCUACCUAAUGAUAUACGUUCAAUACGUAAAUUAACUGAUUUCAAACUCAGAUUAGCCUUGCAAUAUAUUCCGUCCUGUCGUUUACCGUUAAUGCGUGAUCGGCGGUUGGAGAUACAUCAUACGCGAUGUAGAGUUGGUAAUCCCCAACUAAAUGACUAUGUCUUUACUAGAGAGCAGGAUGCCACAUUUUAUCGAAUGCUGACAAAAAAUCCACAAAAAAUUACUAGCGCUGGUCUAUUACAUGCAGACAGUGUUAGGCGUAAAUCCUCAAUUAAUGACAAAAUACGUGUUUGA